AUGACGAUGCCACUGGUGGUUGAGGAUAUUUCCACAGAAGGUUUAUCCUCUCUUUCCAUUCAGAGCCACAGUGAGCAGCUCUCUCUCUCUCUCUCUCUCUCUCCAGCCAUCCUGGUCUACAGAGUAUUUCGAAACGAAGCGAAGAGGAACGUAAAGAUUCUUCAUGGCAUCAUCCACCUGCUCGCCCUCGUCGUCAGCAUCGUAGGUAUCGUCGCUGUGUUUGACUUCCACAGAGCAGCAAAGAUCCCCGACAUGUACUCUCUGCACAGCUGGUGCGGCAUGCUGACCAUCGUCUUAUUCUGCGUACAGUGGGUGAUGGGUUUGAUGUUCUUCCUGUUCCCUGUCGCCUCGUCGUGGUUGCGGGCCUCCUACCUGCCGGUCCAUGUGUUCUGCGGUCUGGUUCUGGUGGUGAUGUCCAUCGGCACCAGCCUGCUGGGCAUCACGGAGAAACUGCUCUUCAGCAUCAUGCCGAGUUACUCCACGUUCCCUGCUGAGGGGGUUCUGGCCAACGUCCUGGGUCUGGUGCUGGUGUUAUUCGGAGUGGUUCUGUGCUACUUGAUCACCAGGGAAGAGUACAGACGUCCACCGAACCCGGAGGAAGAGUCUCUGUCCGUCCACUUCAAGACCCUGACUGAGGGGGGUACUCCCGACUCGCCUUGACCUAAAAGUGAUGGUCUGACACCCCCUCCUUCCAGCCAAGCUAUACGACCUUCAGUUGCUGAAUUAAAAACCCUGUAGUGAACAAGGAAUCAACAAACUUAGUCUCAAGUCAAACUAAUCGUCUGUUCAGAAACUCUUACACCACUCGGGCAGAGCAAUCCAAGUCUCUUUAAUCCAGACGUAUUCUUACUACUUCCCAACACGUGAAUGUACCUUAAAACCUGACAAUUGAAACACUAAACAGUCUCAUGCUUACCAGGCGCGCUCAUUAUCAGUAGUGAGAGUUUGUCAUUAGUCAAAAUGAAGCAGUGAGCAUUCAGGCCGUCAGGUGUGCUGAAUUCAGUCCUCUGGCAGGUUCAGUGUGCUGGAAACGUCCGUAAAUCAUCAAUAUUGAAUAUUUGUCUGCCAUUAAGAGAACAGAUAUUUUAUUUAUAUAUUGAACAUCCUUGGCACCAACAUUUAUUUCCCGUUGAAUCAAAGUGUCUACAUAUAAGUAUCGUACUCAGAUCGGUAUCUGUGAGAAAUUAAAAGUCAGAUUUAUGCCAACGAUUACUCUCACAUUUGGAACUACUCUCUUCUGCCAUCCUUUAUUUCACUGUUUGGAUAAAUCACUGAACUUAUUGAAUCGAUCAUCCGAGUUGAAUCAGAGUUUAAGGAUAAUGCUCUCAGUAAUCACGCUACUUUAUUUGUACUUUUAUUGGAUGUCCUGCAAGAUCUUUAUCUGCCCAGUCGGUCCAGUUCGUCCACAUGACCGGAGAAUAUUAUCUGCCUGUAUUUAAAUGUACUGUCCUGUUAACGAUGUCCGUCCAGUGUGAGUUUGGUUACUUGAUGCCUUAUUAACAGAGUAUGUUAAAUGAAUGUUGUUGAAUGUGUGUAACUAAUAUAUAUAUUUAACAUGUAUAUGUCGUGUUUUGACUUCAGGUCUCCGCACCAGUGCCUAAUUAAAAGCUGCCUCUGAAAAGGAUUGUUUUAUGUUGUCUUAUGUACUCGUGCCAACUUUGCUAUGGAAGUCUUUAUCUCAUCGGGACAACGUGGAAUAAAUACAGAUGUGUUCAACG